AUGUAUAGAGAAUCACAGGAUGCAUGGUACACAUGUAUACUGCGUUAUAGGGAACAAGUAAUAAAGAAGGACUUAUGGAUCUUCAUGAUACCAGUCUUAGCAGGAGUGGUCCAGUUGGCAUUAUUCCUGGAAGAGAUGGGAUUCUUCUUGCGUAAUAUACAAAGUUUAAGAAGAACCUGCCUGUACCUUUGGAUCCUUGGCGUGUAUCCGGUUUUCUGCAUUUCCUGCAUUAUCGGCCUUUACAUUCCACGUUCUUCUUCCAUCUGUAAUUUUGUGGCUUCCAUAUAUCACUCCAUAACGCUCUGGAAGUUCAUGGACCUGAUCACAGACUUCUUUGGAGGAAAAGCUCAAAUGCUGGAGGAGCUGGAGGGUCAGACUGUUUCUCCAAAUCCAGUUCCAUGCUGUUGCUGUUGCUGCUUUCCUAAUAUUGUAGUUAACAGGUCUAGUCUUCGCUGGAUGAACAUUGCAGUGUAUCAGAUCUCUGCUGUCAGAACCCUUCUAUUCUUUCUUGGACUCAUCCUGUGGACUGAUGAGAAAUAUGACUAUGGAGAUGUUGGCUACACCAACCCAAACUCCUACAUCAAUAUCAUCAUUGGCUUGUCCACCUUCCUGUCUUUCUACGGCUACCUCCUGUUCUACAAGACUACAAAGAAGGCUCUGGCUGGCUACGCUCCCCGCUCUAAGUUCAUCUGCAUCACUCUAGUGUUGGUUCUUUGUGGCUUACAGAAUGGCAUCUUGGAAACCAUGGCAGCUCUUGGGGUGAUUCCCUGUAUGCCCCCCUUUGGUGUGGACACCAGAUCCCAGACCAUCUACAAUUACUCUUUGACUCUUGAGAUGUUCUUCAUCAGCUUGUUUGCACGUUAUUGUUUUCGGAGAGUUGAGCCAUGUUUGGAGCAGGAGACUUCUGGGCAGGAGGCUACACAGAAUAAGUCAUCUCAGACCACCCUGGUGGAUAUGUAUAGCCUCUCCGAUGACGGAUACGCUAAUACAGGCUACAUAAGUGAUGCUGAUGAGACGCUGUGCCGCAUUGAGCAUGCACCGCUGGAUAAGUAUGACUUUAUGCAACAAGAGGUAGACAUGGCAGCCUCAGCUGAGCACAAUAAUUUCUCUCCUUGGUCACAAUGGCAGACAAAGAGAGAGCGCAGGAACCAGCCACUAGAGCUGGGAAAUCUCAACACUCCUCAAGAACUGGGCAUGCGCGAUACUGGAGAAUCUGCUGCACCUGGUAAAGGGGGGAUGCAAGUAAAGGCCCAGAUUAAUUACAUAGCCACUAACGAAGCCACAGUGGUGUGAGGGUUAUUAGGCACAGGCUGACCAUAUACACUCCAGUUGUUUGGCUUUUCCCAGAGUAGCUGGCACAGAC